AUGGCGACCAACGCCCCCAGCUUCCAGGUCACUCCCCGCGCCGCGCACGCCGAGUGCAGCGAGCUCAGCUUCCAGGGCCUGUACCUGUUCCACACGCCCCUGGGCCCCAAGGCCAACCAGGCCCUCAUCAUCGACGGCAAGGGCCCCAUGGGCGCCACCGCGGUCAACAACUGGGCGGUGUGCCACGGGCCAGGGCCGGACGCCAAGGUCGUCGCCCGCGCGCAGGGCCUGCACAUCCAAGCCGGCAACUGGCUCAACUCCUUCAGCCUCGUCUUCGAGAACCAAAGGUUUAGUGGGUCCACACUUCAGGUGAUGGGAAUCACCGUUGAAGCUGGGGAGUGGGCCAUCGUUGGGGGCACCGGGCAGUUUGCCAUGGCAACCGGCGUCAUCACCAAGAAGUUCCAUGAGCAAAGAAGCGACGGCAACGUCAUAGAGCUCGCUAUCCGUGCCUUCUGCCCACUGCUCAAAGGGACAAGGCACCCUGUCACGAAGAUUGGGACAUGGGGUGGCAACGGAGGGAACCCCAUGGACAUCGCCGAGGCGCCCAAGCGCCUGGAGAGCAUCACCGUUCGCAGCGGCCCGGGCGUCGUCGCCGCCAUCGCCUUCUCCUACGUCGACCAUGCCGGCCAGAAGCACGCCGCCGGUCCAUGGGGCGGGUCCGGCGGACAGCCUCACACGGUCCAGCUCGGGGAGUCUGAGGUCGUCACACAGGUGUCCGGGACAGUCGGCAGCUUCGACGGCAUCGCCGCCGUGGUAACCUCGAUCAAGUUCGUCACCAACCUUGGGAGCUACGGGCCGUGGGGGGAGGAGAAGGGGGCUCCGUUCGCCGUCCCGGUGCAGCCUGGCAGCGGCGGCGGCGGGGGCGUCGUGGGCUUCUUCGCGCGCAGCGGGAUCUACCUGGUCGCCAUUGGCGUCUACGUGCGCCCCUCUGAUCUCUGAAUGAACAAUGAAGAUCCAGCUGCUUCUUGAUCGAUCGGCCGGCCGGCUUGCAGUUUCCAAUUUGGCUUGCUUUCGUUUGGCACGCAUUUCUCUGAUGUACAACGAAGAACGAACUGAGUUGGGGGUCGUCCUCCCCUCUCGGGUGUCUUGUUUGUGUGGUGUGUUUGCU